AUGCUCGGCAGCUCCGGCCACAGCGGCAGGAGGAGGCUCCCGGUGCCACAUGCCCUGAGGACUGCCAAGCCCCAAAACCAAACCAGGUCACCUCAUCCCGCACGAGAAACACCGAAGCACUCGCUCUUGCUGGUGGCCUGGUUUGGGUUGAAAAACAGCAUUUUGAAGCUUUUACGGUGGACUCUGGCCUCUCUGCAGGGGAAACUCGCCCUUCCUGACUGCAGACUAUGCCACGCGCGGGCAGCGGCCGCAGUGCAGGCCAUGGCAGGGUCCGGCGAGGCUUUGGUGCUCCACGUCCUGCUCUGCUGCCUGUGCCAAGGUGUUGCAACCAUCGAGUGCAGGGGGCACGUCUGGAUCGAGCCCGCGCCGGUGGUGCGGAUGGGCUCCGACAUCUCCAUCACCUGCCGGUCCGCCCUGGACUGUCCCUCGGCCCAGCUCCUCAUCCUCCUCAACUACAGCCGCACUGAGGAGACCCCGCUGGUCCUGGACGGCAGCACCGUGCGGCUCCGCCUGCGCGAUUUCCGGAUGCCCUUCGCGACCGUCGCCUGUUUCUCCCUCUGUGCCAGCAACCACAGGCACCGCCUGGUGUGCGGCGCGGAGGUCCGGGCCGGCUACCCUCCGGACCCCCCCGGCAACCUGAGCUGCGCCAUCGCCGAGGGCUCGGAGUGCCUGCAGUGCGCCUGGGAUGCAGGACGGGACACGCACCUGCCCACCCGGCACAGCCUCCACCUGCGCAGGCUGGCGGAUGAUGAGGAUGAGGAGGAAGAAAAGACCUUCCCUGCAGACUCACCUGUGCUGCUGAGAGAGCUGCAUAAUGCGAGCCACUACUCGGUGUGGGUGCAGGCCAGCAACGCGCUGGGCACUGCCCGCUCGGCCCCUCGGCACCUCAGCCUGCAGGAGCUCGUGGUCCCCGCCCUGCCCGCGGUCAUCGGCGCCGAGACGACAGAGACGUCCCCUCCCAGCACCACCACCCGCUGGAGGAGCCGGACACAGCUGCAGAACGUGCACUGUGAGGAGAGGCACAGAGCCACGGGCACCCCAACGUGGCAUGUGGAGCUGGGCCACAGCGUGGCACAGGAGGGCCCCCGCUGGCAGCACGAGCUGCAGAGCGACACCCAGUUCGUGUUCCAGGUCAGGUGCCGGCUCAGCACCGCCCACAGCCCCUGGAGCGCCUGGAGCCCCCCCUUCCUCUACAGCACCCCCGAGGCAGCCCCCGCCGCCGCUCCCGGGGUGUGGCGGCGCCUGGGCCCGGCGCUGCCCAACGGCAGCCGCGAGGUGACGGUCUUGAUCAAGCCGCUGCCAGCCCGGGAUGCCCGCGGGAGGAUCCUGGGCUAUGCCGUGUCCGCCGAGGGAACAGGGACGCUCUGCCGCACCUCCGGCACCGAGUGCGCUGUCCUGGUGCCGCCGGGAGCCCGCGCCCUCCUCGUCACCGCUCACAACUCCAAAGGGGCUUCCAGCCCCGCCAGCAUCCCCCUAAACCGGGGCGCGGGUCAGGAAGAAUUCCCAGCACCAGAGGCCGUGGAGGUGAAGCCUGAGAACCAGAGCAGGGUCCUGGUUCAGUGGCAGCCACCCCAGCACAGCCAGAGACCCCUGCUCUGGUUCAUACUGGAGUGGGUUUCCAGCUCCCAGCAGCACCAGGAGGAGCAGUACUUCUGGGAGAAGGUCCCACACCAGGAAACACACACCUACAUCCAAGCAGAGGCAGCGGCGGGAGCUCCCCUCAGCGUGUCCCUGUACGCGGUGUAUCCCGACGGGAUCAGCAACCCCAGCUCUGGCCGAGUCCCUCCAGAGGAGCCGCUCCUGGGCAGCACCUACAGCGAGAUGUCCCAGGAUGAUGACAUCGGAGCUCUCUUGGGACUGAGCCUCGGCGUGGUCGGACUGGCAGUUCUUUUUGCGAUUGUGAUGUUUAAAAAAUCAGUCAGGAAAAGGAUUAAGGCCACCCUUGUGUCUCUCCUGCCAAAGUGGCUGUUUGAAGAGUUCCCCCACAUGGAGAACAGCACCGUGGUGAAGUCACUGCAGGACGAGGGUGAUUUCCCCAGUGCCAGUCUCCACGAGCCAUUCCUGGCCUCCGGCGAUCCCACACUUACGGAAAUCAAGGAGGUGCCAGCACAGGAGGAGCACGGGAGCCCGGACACGGGGAGCAAGCCCAGGGCAGAGGUGGCCGAGGACAGGGAGCUCCCAAGGAGCGUGGUGGCCCCCAGCAGCCCGAGCCAGGAGCAGCUCAGUGCCUACAGACCGCAGCUCUCCAAUGGGAAUGCGCUGGGAUACGUCGCUGCUGGGAUUUACCAGGAGCAGCCGCCCGCAGCCAGCCCGGAACCGGAGCUGGGAAUCUUCUGCGGGGACUACACCAGCCCUGUCCCCCAGCUGUGGGACCAGCAGGGAGGGGUGCCCCAGGUGUGUCCGCUGGACAAGAUCAACCUCAUCCUCAACAGCAGCCAGGCAUUCCCAGUGCGGGCGGGACACGGACCCUUCCUGGAGAAUCCGUGGGAGCAGAGGCCGCCCAGCGAUGUCCCGGAGCAGAUGCUGGUCCCUGAGGAGCUGCUGUCCUGCCUGAGAGCUGUGAACAGGGAGUCUGUGGAUGUAAAUCCCUGCUUCCCACAAGGCAUGGGAAGGUUGUUCUGAGAGGAGGUGGAAUUGUGGAUAAAACCCUGGAGCAGUGACCGAGGCGGUGUCAGAGCUGGGAUUUCCAAUGGAAGAACCAGAGCAAAACUCCAGAUUGGAAUUUUGCCCUCUUACUCCACUGCAGGUUCUUGUGGCUGCCUGGAAAGCUUGGGCCAGUAAAUCCUGAAUUUAACCUUACCUCACACUGGCAGGAGCAAAAAUCCAUAAAACUUGGAUUCCUGGAAUGCCACGCAGGAGAUUCCUGCAGGGUGCAAUAUCUUCAAUUGCUGCUCAACAUCGUCCUCUUGUCAAAUGUUUGGAGCACUUCAUUCCCAAAUGUUUGGAGCUGUUUGGAGCACUUCAUUCCCAAAUGUUUGGAGCACUCGUUCCUGGAGCUGAUUGCAAUUAAAAUGGUUAAAACAA